AUCAUGUUCGGGUCAUUGUCUGCUCUAUGAUCUUGCUUUACUCACUCACUCACUCCCAAAUUCAUACUUUAAUCAAACCCUAACUUAACACUCUCACUCUUCACUUUCACUCUCUGCCAUUGUUUUCUUCUUCAUGCUCAUCUUUCACCGUUAGAUCUCUCAAGAUCAGUGUUUUAUUGCAAUGUGAGUGAGUCAACUCAUUGCAAUUAGCGUGUGUGUUAAUCAUCAAACUUUUUGGAUUUCACUCUUUUUCUGCUUUUUUGAUGUGAGCUGGAGCUUGUUACUCGGAUCAGUGUCACAUUGAUCUCGUGGAUGUGAAGUAUUGGAGUUGGCACAAUGAGGUUGUUGGAGUUUGGGUGUCUGGUUGCAGUUCUAUGUGGUCUUCUUGUGUCUGUGAAAGCUGAGAUUUACAGUACUGUUGAAGGUGAACCUGUUAUUAGUUAUGGAGGUGGAAUUGAUGGUUUUGAAGCUACUGCUGUUGAAUCUGAUGAGAAGAUUGAUACCAAUAGUGAAUUGGUUACUUCAUAUGCUCACCAUCUUGAGAAAAAACAUGAUAUGCUUCUGGGGAUGCUGUUCGAACCUGGGACGUACAAGAAACUCUAUAGCUAUCGGCAUCUGAUAAAUGGGUUUGCUGUUCAUAUUUCCCCAGAACAGGCAGAAACUCUAAGACAUGCACCUGGAGUGAAAUCUGUUGAGAGGGACUGGAAAGUGAAGAGACUCACAACACAUACACCGCAGUUUCUUGGGCUUCCAACUGGAGUGUGGCCAACAGGAGGUGGCUUUGACCGGGCCGGAGAAGACAUUGUGAUUGGAUUUGUGGAUUCAGGGAUCUAUCCUCACCAUCCAAGCUUUGCAACUCAUAACACAGAACCAUAUGAGCCAGUUCCAAAGUACAGAGGAAAAUGUGAAAUUGAUCCAGAUACUAAAAAAAACUACUGUAACGGGAAGAUUGUUGGAGCACAACAUUUUGCUCAAGCUGCAAUAGCUGCCGGGGCAUUUAACCCUUCGAUGGAUCUUGCAUCUCCUCUAGAUGGAGAUGGACAUGGAAGUCAUACAGCCUCUAUAGCUGCUGGAAAUAAUGGAAUUCCUGUGAGGAUGCAUGGCCACGAAUUUGGUAGAGCAAGUGGAAUGGCUCCUCGUGCCAGAAUUGCUGUGUACAAGGCACUCUACAGAUUAUUUGGAGGAUUUAUUGCAGACGUAGUUGCUGCAAUCGAUCAGGCUGUAUACGAUGGAGUGGAUAUACUCAGCCUUUCAGUUGGACCGAACAGUCCUCCAGCAGCCACCAAAACCACAUUUUUGAACCCUUUUGAUGCUACACUUCUUGGAGCUGUGAAAGCUGGUGUAUUUGUUGCACAGGCUGCUGGAAAUGGUGGUCCUUUUCCUAAAACAAUGGUUUCAUAUAGCCCAUGGAUAGCCUCUGUAGCAGCUGCAAUUGAUGAUCGUAGAUACAAAAACCAUUUGACCCUUGGAAAUGGAAAAGUCUUAGCUGGAAUUGGGUUAUCACCUGCUACACAUUUAAACGAAUCGUACACAUUGGUUGCUGCAAAUGAUGUGCUGCUAGAUUCUUCAGUGAUGAAGUUCAGCCCCACAGAUUGCCAGAGACCAGAACUUCUAAACAAGAGACUGAUAGAGGGCAAAAUUCUUCUCUGUGGAUACUCUUUCAACUUCAUUUCUGGUUCAGCAUCAAUAAAGAAAGUCUCAGAAACAGCAAAGGCCCUUGGUGCAGUUGGAUUUGUUCUUUGUGUUGAAAACGUUUCCCCAGAAACAAGAUUUGACCCAGUUCCUGUUGGCCUUCCUGGGAUUGUUAUCGUAGAUGUCAGAAACUCAAAGGAACUUGUUGAUUAUUAUAAUAUUUCUACACCAAGAGAUUGGACCGGACGAGUUAAGAGUUUCACAGGGAAAGGUAAAAUUGGAGAUGGUUUGAUGCCUAUCCUCCAUAAAUCUGCACCACAGGUAGCUUUAUUCUCGGCUCGAGGGCCGAAUAUAAAGGACUUCAGCUUCCAAGAGGCAGAUCUCCUCAAACCAGAUAUAUUAGCUCCCGGUUCAUUGAUUUGGGCUGCUUGGAGUCCAAAUGGUACCGAUGAGCCAAAUUAUGUUGGUGAGGGAUUUGCCAUGAUAUCUGGAACUAGUAUGUCUGCGCCGCAUAUAGCUGGCAUUGCUGCUCUUAUAAAGCAGAAGCAUCCACAUUGGAGCCCUGCUGCCAUUAAAUCAGCCUUGAUGACGACAACAUCGACAUUAGAUAGAGCAGGGAAUCCUCUUCUAGCUCAACAAGCUUCUGAAACAGGAACUACAAAGCUUGUUAAAGCUACUCCAUUUGAUUAUGGAAGUGGACAUGUUGAUCCAAGAGCUGCAUUGGACCCUGGGCUGAUCUUUGAUGCAGGAUAUGAGGAUUAUCUAGGCUUUUUGUGCACAACACCAGGCAUUGAUGUUCAUGAGAUAAGGAACUACACUCACACACCAUGUAACAAAACAAUGGGCAAACCAUCAAACUUAAACACCCCAUCAAUAACAAUUUCCCAUCUUGUGAGAACUCAGACAGUCACUCGAACUGUCACGAAUGUUGCCGAGGAAGAAACCUACGUGAUCACAGCCAGAAUGGAUCCGGCUGUUGCCAUUGAUGUCAACCCUCCUGCAAUGACCAUCAGAGCAGGCGCAUCGCGCAAGUUCUCCGUGACGCUCACUGUUCGAAGAGUGACCGGAACCUAUAGUUUUGGAGAGGUUCUAAUGAAAGGUAGCAGAGGUCACAAAGUAAGGAUCCCAGUUCUGGCAAAUGGAUACCCUCGAUAGCUUGGUUCCAUCAUCAAGGAAAAGCAAUGUUUGUAAUAUUCUUUAUAACUUGUGGGGAAUAAGGUGUGGUGCUAUAUUUAUUCUUCUACAUAUAACAUAAUAUCAUGUAAUAUUUAAUAGAUGUAAAGGGUAAGAAGGGGUGAGGGGGUGGCUCCUAGUUUCUUCCACAUAUAAAGUUUUGCUUAUAUAUCAUUGUCUAGUGAUUUGUUGCAA